AUGUGUGGUGAGAGCGACAAGUCCAGACUCUUCAAAUGCAACACCUGCGAUAUCUUUUUGUGCGAUACAGAUUGGGAGUUGUGGCACCCUCAUAAGUCGCAAUUGGAAAGAAAGCGAAAAUCAAAGUUGAAAUCCAACUCAAAGUCCAGGGAAGCCGCGAAACAUGAACGCAUCCCGUUUCUUGAGCAGGCAAGGAUGGAGGAAGAGUAUAAGGAGUGGCACGAAGACGAUGGGGAAGCGCACUCGGAGCAACACAAAAACAACCUGCCAUCGUUUUGGUUCGGUGCCGAUCUCACCAACGGCAGCUUUCACAUCAACAGUGAUCUCUACGGAGAUAUUAUUCUAUCAUCAGCGUUUCAAGAUCGGGAGAAGCAGUUCCCAAGCUUAGUAUCCUUUAUCGGGAAUACCGGGGCUGGAAAGUCCACUCUGAUUAAAGCAAUCAUCAACUAUGGGAUCUCUGGUAGCAAACACGAGGCCGAUGCCACUGGCUGGGCUCGCAUUCUUACUCCAAUCCCGGGCAUCAAAGCCUUUUCCGCAAGACCAACGAGUUCUGACGUACACCUUUACCAUGACACGGCGACAAUUGACACCGCCCGACCUAUCCUAUUUGCCGACAGCGAGGGCCUUCUGGGAGGCAACCAAACCCCAUUCGCAGCCUCUAUCGAGAGCAUCGCUGGCAUUGCUAGAAAGAUGAUCUCCUGGAAGGGAUCAACACAUAAGAUCACCCGAAAAUAUUGCGUUGAGCAUAUAUAUCCGCGAAUAUUGUAUUCUUUCAGUGAAGUAUUAUGCUAUGUGAUUCAACAGAACCCUCGCGUCGUGGAAUCACUGGUAACACAGAUGAUCAUGUGGGCCGACAAGGCACGUAAUGCGUCUUUAAAUCAGGUUACUCUUCCACGCGUUGUUCUGGUUCUUAACAAUGUUACGCUGAGUGAGAAGGAGAGGGAGUCAUGGGAAGAUGGAAUGUCGGCAACGCAGAUAGUGGUUGAGAGACUGAAGGAUUGCACCAAUCUAAGCGGCGAACUGCAGGAAAUCGCGGACCAAUGGAACCGCAUCCUUGAUUUUGACGACCAGAUACACUCAGUCAUGGAUUUGUUCCUCCGGUAUUUCAAAUCCCUUUCGGUCGUUUAUAUGCCUCCCCGCGGAAAUAUCCAACAGGGUGCAGGAUUCUACCGUCAAGUGCAGCAGCUUCGUGCAAAGAUCUUGGGUUUGAGCAAAGAGGUCGGGCUUGAGAGGCUGCAUACAUUCAAUCAGCUCAACUCAAGGUGGCUAGAGUCCUUCCUCAAUAUCGGGAUCGAGCACUUCUUCACCAAGUUCGAUGAACCGUUUGACUUCUUCCAGAUUGCCAGGAUUAACAGGCCGCUGUCCAAAUCCAUUGUUGGCAACGCCACUUAUCUGAUGGCAAAGAUGGAAGAAACAGAGUCAAACCAGAAAGAGCUCGAUAAACGCUGCCAUCGGCUCUUUGUAUCCUACCGGGUAAUCAUGACCUUGGAGAGAAUGUCCGGAUCCUCGAUCAAAGGGGUGUUAGAAGGCACAACAUUUGCUGAACACUUCCAGUCCGCGCAUAAAGAAUUCCACACCUCUGCCCGCUGUUGGUUCAAGAAAAAUCGACGACGGUGCCGCAACACUCGGGAAGGCCACACUCGAGGUCAUCUGGAUUAUCGUGGAGAACCUAUCGCCUCUGGGGAGUAUGAAACCGACUACGAAGAGCAACAGUCUGUUGAUUUCAAGAAAGGCAUUAUACAAGACUCCAGGAAUUGGAUAUCAUUACUCGAGGAGCCGAGCCUGGAAAAGGACAAGUCAAUCGUCGAGCGCCAUCUGAAGGUGCUUAAAAGAGAACGAGAGUUCUGGAAGCAAACAUUUUCGAACAUAAUAUGCUUUUGCUGCCUCGUUGAACCGCCUGACUUCAGCCUAGAAUGUGGGCAUGCAAUAUGUUGCUCCUGCGUCAAGAUGCUUGGCCACAAACUGCCUCAAGAUCCAGUCUACACCCUCGAUCUCUGCCCGCUGUGUAGCGAAGGAGAUCAGACUCAACAACCCUUUGCCCAGAUCCAACUCAAGCCCGAAAAGGCGGGUGUUCGCGUCUUGGCCAUCGAUGGUGGAGGUGUACGCGGCGUGAUCUCUGCGCGCAUUCUGCAGCUGCUGGAAGAAGAAAUCGGCCUCGAUUUACCAUUAUUCCACUUUUUUGACGUCAUUGUCGGCACGAGCUCAGGAGGUAUCAUCUCCCUCGCAAUGGGCGCGAACUUAUGGUCUGCUGCAAGGUGUAUAGAUGCUUUUAAGAGGCUGUCCAAGAAUUCUUUCAAACAGCUCGCUUUCAGCAAAAUACCUGUCCUGGGGUAUUUCCUCAGUCUGGGGCGGGAUAGCUACUAUGACGCAUCUGCUAUCGAAGAAGCAUUGCAAGAUACGUUUGCUCCUACUGAUACUGAGCCUCGGUUCCUGUUUAGUGAGCCCUAUAAGGGCGCGAGGGACAACCUUGGCUCUGAAACUACCAUGAGAGAUCUCAAAGUGGGCGUGACAACAGUCAAUGUGAUUAACAAUCAUACGACUCUUAUGACCAAUUAUAAUCGGAAGAUACAAAAUGAAGGCAAGUUGACCAUCAAUAUCUUUGACCUCCCGCACUGA